UAUGUGUCGCUCCUCCUGCCAAAGAACAAAUUCUUCCCUAAGCGGUUUCUAUUCGUUGAUCAUGGAGUGAGUUUAAGGCGCAUGUAAAUAACCCGAGGCUCCGGUGUAGAAAACGAUUACUUAGUUACUUAAAAAAAAAAAGUUCGCCAGCUCCUCGCUCGCGGAACAGAUCGACGGGACGUCCCUACCGUGUAGCAACAUACGUCGAUGACUGAUCUGAAUUUCCUCUCCGCUGAGACAUAUGACCGGAGUCUCAUUGGGUAGGCGUUUUCUCGCCUGGAAAGUGUUGUUUCAUUUGUUCUCCGGGCACACGGCGCACUGCUUUAACUAUAGCGACGCGAGCCGAAGAUGGCCUUUCGCUCGAGCUUGUCCGAUCUAGAAGACACGCCAAACUCUUUAAUGAUGAAUGAGUGGAAUCGGUUGGAUACUGCGGACACCUAUGCGUGCCCGACUACUGCAGAGCUCAGUAAGGCAGUGUCAGUGUCCUUGGGCUUAGAUUCGGUGUCUUCUCCGCUCAAUAACAUGAACCUUUGCUCCAGCGGCGCCUUUUCAGACUGCGACCCCGCUGUGGGGAACAGUUCCCAAGGAGUGCCGGAGUUAGGUGCGGCUGGAAAUAUGAACUCAGGAGGCAGCAGGCUUCCGCUCAAUGACAAUAGCCUAAGAGAGGACGACUUUGGAGACGUGUGCCAGGGCAUCCAGCAGGUGAGCUGCAUGGAUCUGCUCAGAUCGGACGAAAUGGACAGCGCGCAAACAGUGACGCGCGGCCCGGUGAUAUCCAGAUAUGUCUGCAAGGAGUCAAACUUGUUUAUGAACCCGGUGGUAGAGCUGCCCGAGCCCUCUCAGGUGGACGAACUCUUAACUUUGAAACAAUAUUCUCCGUACUCUGCCAAUCCAAACCUAUGCAGAGGUACCCAGGGUGUGUGGUGCGCAAAUGAGCGCGCAUACAGCAGUCGAUCCGAGCCGGAGAGAGGUGGAUCUGGCGGACACAAUAUGUUGUGUAAAUAUUGUAAUUUUGGUCAAAUCCCUAUUGGAUCCAGGCAGGAAUGCCACUGUGUCUGGUAUAGCAAGGGUGAACGAGGUGGUAAAGGUGGCAUACGAGCAGCGAUGGCACAAGAGUAUGGCCAAGUGGAAAGAUACCAAAGUGCAAUUGCUCAAGGACAGGCCACUUUUCCAACUAUCAAGACAGAACCUUCAGUUUGGGUGGAUUUCGCAGAUCACAGUUUCAGGCAUGAGGAUUUAUUUCCAGGUGUGUACCUGUCAGACAGGAGAGUGUGUCAGGUGUGCGGCGAUGAUGCCUCAGGUUGUCACUAUGGAGCAGUCACCUGUGGUAGCUGCAAAGUAUUCUUCAAGAGGGCUGCUGCAGGUAAGCAGAACCACCUGUGUGCCAGCCGCAAUGACUGCACCAUCGACAAACUGAGGCGGAAAAACUGUGCCUCGUGUCGUUUAAGGAGGUGCUUCAUGUCAGGAAUGAGCCUUAAAGGUCGCAGGCUGAAAGGAACUGGACAGACUAGAAAUGGAGAGGAGGAGCAAAAUCCAUCUGCCUGGGGGGAAAGAGGAGAAAGGGCUGGGAAGAAAGAUGCAAACUUGGAGCCCGGAAGUGCAGCUGCCAGGGCUCAAGGUGCGACAGCUCUAGGCAUACCCCCGUCCUUGCGCUCCUGCCUGUCCCUGCUCAGCGUCCUGCAGGCCAUUGAGCCAGCCGUGGUCAAUGCCGGACAUGACCCUGCUCAGCCAGACAGUCCUGCGUCCUUGCUUACCAGCCUCAAUGAGCUUGGGGAAAGACAGCUGGUAACCGUGGUGCGUUGGGCCAAGGCAAUACCAGGUUUCCGUGACCUGCAUGUGGAUGAUCAGAUGUCAGUGAUUCAGUUGUCAUGGAUGGGGGUGAUGGUGUUCGCUUUGGGCUGGAGGUCCUACACACUUACUAACAGCUCCAUGCUCUAUUUUGCUCCGGACCUGGUCUUCAAUGACCAGCGGAUGCAAGUGUCCAGUAUGUAUGAACACUGUGUGAGAAUGAAGCUGCUGUCCCAAAGGUUCUGCAUGUUGAAGGUCACCCAUGAGGAGUUCCUCUGCAUGAAGGCCUUGGUCCUCUUCAGCAUCAUGCCAGUGGAGGGCCUAAAGAGCCAACGCUGUUUUGAUGAACUGCGGACCUCCUACAUAAAGGAGCUGGACCGCUUGGCCAGCCAUAGUGGGGAGACCACCCGUACACAGAGACUGUUUCAGCUCACACAGCUGCUGGACUACCUCCAGUCGAUUGUGAGGAAGUUGCACCAGUUCACCUAUGAUCUGUUCAUCCAAGCUCAGUCCCUGCAGACACGUGUCAACUUCCCAGAGAUGAUCUCGGAGAUUGUGAGCGUUCAUGUGCCCAAGAUCCUCUCCGGCAUGGUCAAGCCCAUCCUUUUCCACAAUACAGCCUAGAGAGAGAGAGAGAAAGAGAGGAGGAUCUGUGGUUGUCCUAUUGGUCACUUGAGCUCUGGCACCCAGGCCUUCGACCAUUUCUGGUAAAGACGAAACGCCUAGAGAGGCUUUAUCAUUUUAUGAGGUGAAGGAAGUAUAAGCCCCCCUGCUUUAUCUACAGUGUGAGAGCGGGGCACAGUGAGGCUAUGACUGGAUAUUAACAGAAGGGAAUACAGCACAUUCUUCCAGCCUAAUGUAAUCUAGUUACAUCUACUCUGUUCUUCUUACUGCCUAUUCUCUAUAUCACGCACACCAAAUGUUUCUGGAGCUGAUUAAAGCAUGCGUUACUCCACACAAGUCCAUGAGUGGCCUACAGCCUGGCAUGUACACUUCCUCAACCCUUCAUAUAGCAGAUUGUGACAGCAGGCAAUAUUUCAUUUUGAGACAUAAGACAGUAGUAAGAAAAAAACAUUUUUGCAGAGUUCACAUCACCAUAGCUUGUCUGUGUGUGCAGUAGUUUGACAUUUGGACUAGCUUCUCCCACAAUGAAUGUUACUGUGUGCACCUGAGGUGAACAAAGUCGUUGACUGACAGUUAAUAAACGACUGCAGCAUGCAUGCAUGCUAAGAGGCAAAGCUGUCUUGCCUGAAGGCAUAUAAAAACCUUUCUGAAAGCUGUUCUCAUCCACAGAAAUAAUAGUCGACUAAUAGUUUUAGGUGUCGAUAAAACAAAUACAUUUGUAAGCUGCAAAGUGACGGCAUUAAUGAAAAUUUUGAAUGUAUAUUUAUGAAUAUUGUGAUGUCAAAAGGUCACAUCAAAAACAAGGAAGAAAAUAAUUAGACAAAAUGCUCCUCCUCAGAAGUCGACCAACACUAUGGGUGACUUUUUUUUUUUUUUAAAGUUUGCUUGUUUUUGAGUGUCAAAUGUUAUUCAAGUACAGAUUUUCCAGAGUGGACAUUUCAUACUGUUGUAACUUUUCUACAGUUUCUUAAAGUGUUCUUUGCAGGUGCUUUGUUGUGUAUCCUCAUGUAUUGAUUGUAGCUUUUGACAGUUUUGCUAAACGUUAAAGGUCCAGCCAAGAAUCUGCUCGUUUGUUGCAACAUUUACAGCUUAACAUGUAAUAAAGCUGAAGCAUG